GUUCAGUGUUUUUUAGCUACAGUUUUUCAAUCAAGGCUUGAGUCACACCCCCUUUUCAUUUAAGUAUAUUCAUGUAUAAUUUGAAUAUUAAGUGAACCAGUUUCUAAACUGAAGAUCUAAUAUUUGUGUUCGGUCAGGUAGACCUCGUGAUUCCCCAUUGCCUGCAGUCGAUAAUGAGAUGCGUUAUUUGAAAUGACCCAUUGAACCGCAAAACUAUUAAUUUAUAUAGUCGUCUGUCGGAUAUAACAUGACUUCGCUGUUAAUAAUGUUUACACCUCUUUCCUAUAUCAAGAACAUAAAUAUUUUACAAGACCGCUAUUAUAAAAAAAAUGGAAAUUAUCUUUGCAUUUGCACGUUAUGCAAUCAAUUUAAAAAUGGUUUAUCUUGGUUUCUGAGCUCCGCAUAAACGUAGACUUUGCAGGCAUGACUCAGCCAUCAUAUAAGUCAAAGUAGAAGAAAUGAAAAAUUCAUUACGACGAUUUGACACAUUUUUCCUUAGUCUUUCGUGCGAAUGCAUGAACGGAAAUAGUAAUUGAAAUAUGUCGAUGUAGUUUAGACAUGUGUUUUGGGUUGGGGUUUUACGGUUGUUUAGUACGCUAUAGUGACAUGGUAAGUAUAUGCAGUGGAUACAAAUUUUCUUAUCAAAGAUCACAUAUAAGUAAUAUGGUGUUAACUGAAUGAAAAUAUAAAUCGGAAAAUUUGUUUUUAUUUUUGGCACCUAUCAGUCAAGUUGACUUAAAUUUCAUGUAUUGUUCUGAUGGUAGCGUCUUCAGAUAUCGCUUAUUCCGAUCCUGUUUGUAUGUAAAUUCAAAGUCUGAAAGAUAAGUGCCUUGCUGUUGUUUUUGUCCGUGUUUUUUCGUUCCUUUUGUUUUAUAGUACCUCUCGUCAAGGCAAGUUGUGGAGGUAAAAUACAAAAAAUGAAGUGAAAAAUGAAAAAAUACAAACGCAAAUAAGCUGAAAACUUGUUCGACUCGAAACCGCCGAUCGGGGCAUAUAAAGCCCGAUGAACGCCAGUCGAUGUUGACUAUAGUAACGAAGCGGACGUUCAACUAUCACGAUGGUUAAGCUGGGCUUUCUUUCUCUGUUGAUUGCUGCCUGUGUGGUUGCUGCCCUUGCUGCGGGUGAUUGUCCUUCAUCCACCAAGGUUCAGAACUGUACCCCCAAGUGUCUGCAUGACAGCGAGUGCAGCGCCAUCGGGGGCAAAUGCUGUCCGAAUUUGUGCAACGGUCGCAGCUGCGUGCAACCCAAUUUGCUGGGAAAUUCCGGAGCCGAUAAAUCGCCCUUUGGCAGCAAAAAUACCGGAUCCACUGGCAGUUAUUGCGGCAAUGUCAAGUGCGGCAGCUUCGAGAAAUGCGAAAUGGACCGCAACACCAAGCGACCCAAGUGCGUGCGAUCGUGAAAACCCCGCAGCAACAUCAACGAACACGGCAGCAACAUCGCGUUAUAAACUUAUUUGUUUGUCACUAAAUGGAAACUUUUAAUCCCGAAAA